AGUCUUGCACAGGUGUACUGGCUCCUCCCGUUCAGUCUUGCACAGGUGUACCGGCUCCUCCCCUCAGUCUUGAACAGGUGCACCGGCUCCUCCCCUUCAGUCUUCAACAGGUGUACCGGCUCCUCCCCUCAGUCUUAUACAGGUAUACCGGCUCCUCCCCUUCAGUCUUGCACAGGUGUAACAGCUCUUCCCCUUCAGUCUUGCACAGGUGUACCGGCUCCUCCCCUUCAGUCUUGCACAGGUGUAGUGGCUCCUCCCCUUCAGUCUUGCACAGGUGAACCAGCUCCUCCCCUUUAGUAUUGCACAGGUGUACUGGCUCCUCCCCUUCAGUCUUGCACAGGUGAACCAGCUCCUCCCUUUUAGUAUUGCACAGGUGUACUGGCUCCUCCCCUUCAGUCUUGCACAGGUGUACCUGCUCCUCCCCAUCAGUCUUGCACAGGUGUAGCGGCUCCUCCCCUUCAGUCUUGCACAGGUGUACCUGCUCCUCCCCUUCAGUCUUGCACAGGCGUACCAGCUCCUCCCCUUCAAUCUUGCACAGGUUUACCGGCUCCUCCCCUUCAGUCCU